AUGGCUAGCUCUGGACACGACUAUUUGAAUGAACUCAAUCAGUAUUUACAAGCACGACUACAACUGUGCAACUGGACUUUUGAAUCGUCUGGGGCGAGCAGCGCUCCUGAUUGGACCGCUUAUUUGCAUGUGGACGGCCAGAUUGUAGCAUACGGGAAGGGAAUUUCCAAGACCGGUGCAAAAGUUGAAGCUGCGCGGCAGUACCUUGUGCUACCCCAAUUGCGUACCCAGAGUAAAUCGAUUCCGAAUACCCAAAGCGAAUCAAUUCCCGAUAACCAGAGCGAAUCAAUUUCCGACACCCAGAGCGAAGCAAAUCCCGAUACCCAGAGCGAAGCAAUUCCCGAUACCCAUAGCGAAUCGAUAUCCGAUACCCAGAGCGAAUCCAUUCCGGAUGUGGAAGAGAAGAUACAGAUUUACCGACCGCCCAACAACCUGGAGCUCAGUGACGUUGAUGAAGCUGCACGCGGCAAUGCCACAUCGGAAGUCUUAACUGCGGAAGAUUUAACCGCAUUAGGAAAACAACUUCCGCACGGUGGAUGUCGCUACUCCGCGUAUGCCCCGACAAAUGCAAUAGACUGGCUGUCGCGAAAUAGAAAAAAUACCCUCUUGGCCGAUAUGAAGAAGGCAGGUAUCAGGGGACCUUUCCCAUAUGUGCUCCACACUUUUGCGGAUGCGCUCGCUUUGUGUCCAACCGCCACCAUCAAUCUCACCACAUGGGCCACACGUCUAUCCAACCUUUCUGGCCUAAAUGUAGUAACCAUUCCCAAAGGAGAAGUGCCAGGAUUUUCUACGGAUGAAGAUGACAGAGAGCCAGAUGAAGGCGGAAUGGAUGCAGGUUCAAGGCCUACCACAGAGACAUUUCGCCUGCGUGGUGGUGCAGGCAACGCAUCCUCGGAAUCAGAUGAUACGGACAACUGGUAUACACCUGAGGAAAGUCCUUUCAUGCAGCCUUAUUCGGACCACGAUCGUAUAAUGGACAGUGUUCAAGCCAUGGACAUCGACGACGACGCUCCUGGUACUAAUCAUGCCACGGAACGUAACGAAGAUCCUGAUAGGGAUGUGCGUUCGUAUGAGGUGCAGCGUCAUCCUGGAUACGACGACACAAGCCCGCAGCUGUUAUGGAGAAAUCGUCCCAACUCUGGGAAUGUACACACACUCUACCUCAGUCUAGCCGUGACACCGUCUGUGUCUAUUGAGGUGCAAUCUGAAUUCUUGUUCGGUUGCCUCCCUCACCAUUCUAAAAGUGACAAUAUAACACCAACCUUCCCUGUUGAUCCUAAUUUUCAGCCUAUCGCCGCCUUUGUCGAGAAGUUCAAAGUGGAGACCCAAGAGGAAGAAAGCCUCAUUUGUAGAUCCGAAGGAAAUAUUUCACUUCUAGGUCCAGAAUACAAGGACGAGACCCCUCGAGAGGCAUAUGACUUUUUGGGGUCUGAUUUUGUUCAUCGCGGACACAAAGCUCCUGAACGCACAAGGAAGGAUACGUCGAAGAAGACUACUCAAUACGGCGUCCAAGUCACAGCAGCCGCGAUUCCUAGUGCUACUUUCAACUUUAUGACAACGCGGGAGGAAGACCGCAACGGAAUGGGUUGUGGAGAAGUCUCUCGCGCAACCAUCAACAAUUGA